AUGCUUGCACCUCCCGGCUCAGUCAAUUCUUGGUCCAAAUGGGAAUCCCCCAACGGUAAGCUGGAUUGGGCUCACAAUGCUGAUGGAGUAGGCAAGUUCCGCAGAUCAUCUUCUUUUGAGCUCGGGAACAACGGCGAGGAGCCUGAUUUAUCAUGGGUGCAGUCACUUGUCAAAGAAUCUCCAACCGAGAUCAAAGAGAAAUUGACAACAUCUAUCUCAAACGUUGCGCCCACGGGAACGUCUGGCGAGGGCUUGAAUAUGAAUAUGAACGCACAAAUGGACUUUGCCGAUCAUGCUGUACUAGGAACAUGGCUUGAACAGAUGCAGCUUGACCAUCUUGUGGCCCAGCAAAACUGA